AUGGCGGUAACCAGAGGGAACUGGCAGACUCCUCUUGAAGUGGCGCAACCACCCGAUGAUGAUUUGUCACAGCUGCCUUCCCAGCUGCCUCAUCAGGUAUGGGAAGAUGUGUCGUCGGGCUGGCGGCCAGGGAGCCUCCAGCGGGAAGACCCACAGUUAAAUUUUGUCAGCGACGGCGGUGAUCAUGUUCACCAGGUCUCGUGGCAACAAAGUCACCACCACUCGCAUCAUAGGCAGAAUUCAGUCAGUGAGAGUCGACGUACAGCAUUAGAGGAUAACAGGACCACAGCCGGCAUGCUAAGACCUGUGUCCGAAAUACCGGAGCGGUACCGUUCACUCUUCUCCCAGUUCCCGUACUUCAACAUCGUCCAGUCAACAGUGUUCCAGGAUGUAUUUCACUCAGACCGGUCGGUGGUGGUGUCAGCACCAACGGGGUCGGGUAAGACGGUGGUGAUGGAGCUGGCUCUGGUGAGGCUUCUGCACACGCUGGAGCAUCAGCUGCAGCAACAACCUUCUGGAUACAUCCAGCCACGCUCCAGAGUAGUCUACUGUGAGUAUCACAUAAACAUACACACCGACGAGUACACACAUUAAAGUUAAAGGCUCUUGAUUCAAGGAACUGGAUCUAUCUUGCCCAACUUCGGAUUGAACCUGAUUACUUCCUAUUCUCAGGUGCCGCAUGACUUACGGGUUUAGCCAUUCCCUGUGGUUAUAAUAAUAAUAAUAGCUAAAGAACAAAAAGGCACAGUGGAACAAUACACAAAUAACCCGGCGUU